CGGUCUCGACUCUUGGUUUUUUACCUCAACAGCCUCUCGACUCUUGGUUUUCGACCUCAGCGGUCUCGACUCUCGGUUUUUGACCUCAACGGUCUCUCAACUCUCGAUUUUCAACCACAGCGGUCUCGACUCUCAGUUUUCGACUUCAGCUGUCUCGAUUCUCAGUUUUCGACCUCAACGGUCUCGACUCUCGGUUUUUGACCUCAACUGUCUCGACUCUCGGUUUUCGACCUCAACGGUCUCUCGACUCUUGGUUUUUUACCUCAGCGGUCUCGGCUCUCGGUUUUCGUCAUCAACGGUCUCUGAACUCUCAAUUUUCAACCUCAUUGCUAUGGCGGACGGAAUCCCCAAAAACUUGCAGUCGACGUUCGACGACGCUUGGACGACGAUCAGGCCAUUUGGACAAGGUCCUCCUUCGGGUUUUUCUGGCCCAUCGAAGACGCCGAUCACUCCUACACCUGUCCUUCAAGGUGUGGGAGCGACGACAGCAAUUCCCGGAGGAGAUGCCGACUCCAAUCGGGCUCAGGAAACUCGCGCAGCGGCUGCGGUGGCGAUGCCACCACCGCCACCCCAAAAUCCCGUGGUGGCGCAACCAGGAGGAACGGUGGCGCAAGGAGGAGAAACGACGGGGCAAGGAGGAACACUACCGCAGGCAGCAGUGCAAGUCCCCGGCCAGCAGGUGGUGAUGACCAGACAGGAGAUGCAACAAAUGCUGGCGGAGGCAGCUGCGCAGGCGGUGCAACAAGUCACAAACAGUCUCUCUCGGGCUACCACGGUGCUGACCACUGUUGCAGGGUCACGCCAAAAUGCAGAGGAGGAUGAAUCUAGCUAUGGUGGAGGCGGGCCCCCACAUGAUCGAGAAAUGGAGAGAAUGGCGGAGCAGCUGCGUCAAUUGCAGGCCAAGGUGGAUUGUCGAACAAGAGACGCGCUCGAGGACACCC